AUGGGUCAUUCCAUAAAUGAAUCUUACGACUAUCUUUUUAAGUUAUUAUGUAUUGGUGAUUCAAAUGUUGGGAAAACAACAUUUCUUCAUAAAUAUAUCUAUGAAACAUUUUCAAAUAUACGUUCAACUCUCGGUAUUAAUAUUUUUGAAAAAUAUAUCACCGUAAAAGACAAUCAACGAGUUCUUUUACAAUUAUGGGAUACAGUUGGGCAGGAACGUUAUCAUAGUUUAACAACAUCAUUGUAUCGUGAUAGUAUGGGAUUUUUACUAAUAUUUGACUUAACAAAUGAAUCAUCGUUUCUAUCAAUUCGCAAUUGGAUUUCAUGCAUUGAUAGUUUUGCUUUAAUUGAUGGUGAUCUUCGUCCACCAAUAUUACUUAUUGGUAAUAAAGUCGAUUUGUCUACACAUAGAAAAAUUGAUUCAAUUCGUGCACAACAAUUUGCUGAUGAAUUCCAUAUCGCUUACAUUGAAAUAUGUGCUUUAACUGGUAUUAACAUACAAUAUGCACUAGAUACACUUACGGAUAAAAUAUUUAAUUUUAUGGAUGAAUCAAUGAAGAAAUAUUAUCAAAAACAGCCUUUACAAUUAUCAACAAAUGAAAAUUAUCAUCAUAGAAAAAUAUCCAUAAAAUUAAUGAAGAACAUAUCCAACGUUAAAAAAAGAUUUCAUGCUCUUACAAAAAGAUUAUAG